UCGACGUUUCACCGCCGGCAAGCCCCGUGUUGGCGGCGGAGGGGAUGCGUCGGCGGCGACGGGAGUUAGCGGGCGAGGGGCAACGACAGCUAGAGGAGGCCAUUGCCGCGGCCUUCCAGAUCCUCGCCUCCGUCGACCACAAGCUCUACGACCCCGCUCCCUGGCCCAUCUCCCGCCACCACCAGCAGCAACGCCUGCCUGUGCCUGCCGAUUUCAAUACCACCUCUGACGCGGACGGCGGCGGUGCAGGAGAAGUCGAUGUCCACGGCGGAUCGCUGGACGGGGCGAGGUGCAGGUGCAAGGUGGCCGUGGCGGCGCUGCGUGAGACCAUCGCCGUCGUGCCCUCCUCCGCUCAGGAAAUUGGAUCAACAGAGGACAAAGUAGAUGAAGUUGAAAUCAAGAGAUCGGAAGAGCGUGCAUCAACUUUGAGAAAGGAAAUUGAAAGCGAAAACAAAAAUGUAAAGCUUCUCACGGAUCAACUUCGGUACCUAAUAUCGGACGUAUAUAUGUUGCAGAACCCAGGUUCUGUGUAAAACAACAUGUUUUAAUCAGUGCGAUUGCUACAGUUCAUCUGCUUCACUUGUUGGAGUGAGAUGGGAAGGUUGCAGUGAAGCUCUUAAUUGGCGGUCUUUCCUCAGGAUUGGUUACGCCAAGCCUGCACGCCUGCCUACCCCUAUGGUUGCAGUUCAAGAGAAUUGCAAGGAACUGACUCGGAGUUUUUGUCUUCAGGCCGAGGAAUUGUGAUGAAUGAAUUUGAAGAUUGACCAGGUUUCUUAUGGCUACUGAUUUCACUUCAUGGGGGACUAUCAUAAUAGGCAUCAUAAUAAUAUCAUCAUCAUUUACCCCCAUGUAAAUGUAUGAAUGUAUGUGGCAGUAAGUGCCAGCAGUCUGAAUAUGAGAUCUUCAGAUUUCCGAA